AUGUUUGUUGUAGCAAACUUAAGAUCAUAUUUUAAGUUUCUUGUUGUAAUAACAACUAUAGCAGUGGUGAUAGCAGCUAUAAUUUUGAACCAAAUCCCAUCGGAAUAUGAAUCACCAAAAAUUAACGAAACUCCUGAAGUUCCGAACGAAAUUCCUGAAGUUCCUAAAAAGAUACACAUUUUUACAGAUCAAGAACUAGCACAGUAUAAUGGUAUUCAUGAGGAAAGAAUCUAUUUAUCAGUAAUUGGUAGUGUUUUUGAUGUAACAAAAGGAAAAAAACAUUAUAAAAAAGGAGCUUCAUAUCAUUAUUUCGCUGGAAAGGACGGCUCUAGAGCUCUUGUAACUGGAGAUUUCAAUGACGAAAGCAGUAACAAGGAUUACAUUCUAGAUCUCAAUUGUGAUGAUAUAUUCAAUGUUUUACAUUGGCGUCGCACUUUUAGAGAGAAAUAUGAAUUCAUAGGAUAUUUAUCAGGAAGAUAUUAUGAUGAAAAUGGGGAAGAAACAAUAUACAUGACUGGGUUGAAAAAAGUUGUGAAACAGUGUAGGGAAGAAAAGGAAGAAGCUAAGAAACAAGAGAGAACAUUUCCACCAUGUAAUAUAUCAUGGAAAGAAGGUGAAGGGUCUAAGGUUUGGUGCUCCAAGUCAAGUGGCGGCAUAGUCAGAAACUGGGUUGGCGUUCCACGGCAACUUUACACUCCAGGAGUUGAAAGGCCACAAUGUGUCUGUGUAAGGCGUGACAACAAAAACUCGGCUCUGAUCAAAGAGUAUGAAGGAUGCCCCUCAUCUUCCUCAGAAUGUAUUGUACCAGAUAAAUGA